CGUUGUCGCCUCGGCCGCCGCCGGCCCGGACUCGCCCAGAGUGCAGGGUGUGUGCCCCGCUGCGCGUGGAGCGCGGAGGCUCCUCCAGCCCCAGCUCCUCGCCCCGGCCCGCGCGCGGGUCCCGGAGGGCGCCGACCCCACCAUGCAGCUGCAGUUCCGGAGCUGGAUGCUGGCCGCGCUCACGCUGCUUGUGGUCUUCCUCAUCUUCGCAGACAUCUCGGAGAUCGAAGAAGAAAUCGGGAAUUCUGGAGGCAGAGGUACAAUCAGAUCAGCUGUGAACAGCUUACAUAGCAAAUCUAAUAGAGCUGAAGUUGUAAUAAAUGGUUCUUCACUGCCAGCUGUUGUUGAUAGAAGUAAUGAAAGCAUUAAGCACAGCAUCCAGCCAGCUUCAUCCAAAUGGAGACACAACCAGACGCUCUCUCUGAGGAUCAGGAAGCAGAUUUUAAAGUUCUUGGAUGCGGAGAAGGAUAUUUCCGUCCUUAAGGGGACCCUGAAGCCCGGAGACAUUAUUCAUUACAUCUUUGAUCGAGACAGCACAAUGAAUGUGUCCCAGAACCUCUAUGAACUCCUCCCCAGAACCUCCCCCCUGAAGAACAAGCAUUUCCAGACUUGUGCCAUUGUGGGCAACUCGGGUGUCUUGCUGAACAGCGGCUGUGGACAGGAGAUUGACACGCACAGCUUUGUCAUAAGGUGCAACCUGGCUCCAGUUCAGGAGUACGCCCGGGACGUGGGCCUCAAGACAGAUCUAGUGACUAUGAACCCGUCAGUCAUCCAGCGGGCCUUUGAGGACCUGGUGAAUGCCACGUGGCGGGAGAAGCUGCUGCAGCGGCUGCACGGCCUCAAUGGGAGCAUCCUGUGGAUACCUGCCUUCAUGGCCCGGGGUGGCAAAGAACGUGUGGAGUGGGUCAACGCUCUCAUCCUGAAGCACCACGUCAACGUACGCACGGCUUACCCUUCCCUGCGCCUGCUGCACGCAGUCCGAGGAUAUUGGCUGACCAACAAAGUCCACAUAAAAAGACCAACUACUGGCCUCUUGAUGUAUACCCUAGCCACACGCUUCUGCAAUCAGAUCUACCUCUAUGGCUUCUGGCCUUUUCCACUGGAUCAGAAUCAGAACCCUGUCAAGUACCACUAUUAUGACAGCCUCAAGUAUGGCUAUACCUCCCAGGCCAGCCCCCACACCAUGCCCUUGGAAUUCAAGGCCCUCAAGAGCCUGCAUGAGCAGGGGGCAUUGAAACUGACUGUUGGCCAGUGUGAUGGGGCUACGUAAGGAUGGCAGCCCAUGGGACUCAUUGGCUCGCUUUCCUGCCAGCUACACCACAGGCAGAUGGGAGUCGGGGUGGCACAAACAAUAGAACAAGCAGGCUAGUGGUUUUCUUUGUUAAAGUGUAAAACAGUGACCAGAAUAUAUAUAUCUAUACCUGCAUAUAUAUAUUGACCUGAGUAUUUAUAACUGUGUGGUGUUCAUCUAGCAUUAGGCAGAUAAGCCACAGGAAGAAGGUGUGGAGAACCCACCUGGACCAGAUGGAGACUCAGUCCAUCUUUGGGGGCAGAAGGACUUGACAUGCAAAGAAGCCAGUCCCAUGACUUUGGAUGACAACCCGGCCUCCCGGGUUGGACGGAUCUCUGGGCUCAUGGAUGAAUGGAGAGCCACCUGUUGUCAGCUUCCCCGAACCUCUGAGUGAUGUGGAUUCUGGGUAGCCCAGACUCAGAAAGGACAGUUUGAACCAGUCUAAAGAGGUACAGUUCAUGGAGGAGAGACUUGGAGAGUUCCGCUGGGCAACGAGGCACAAGGAGACCAAACAUCAGAGGUCACGACAGAGCUGAGGACCUUGUUCAUGAACUUGAAAGUGCAACUUGACUUUCACAUGGGUAGCACCUGCGUCCCAGCCAGGCCUUCACAGCUCUGGAGAGAGGCUGGAGGAAACUCAAUGGACAGCCCCAUAGUCUGACUGGACAAGUGCUGUCCAGAGCUUAGUAGUGUGGAGCAGCAGAUGGUCCUAAGGAGGUAGAGUGCUGUAAAUCAUGGUUUUAGAAACUUGAGACCAUCUAGGGGUUUGUUCCACCUCAGAAAAGGACAAAAGAGUGUCCAAAAAUAUGGUCAUUUUCUUGGGUGUGCUUUGCUGCAACGGAGGCCUACCGAGGAGGAAGUGAUCCUGGGGCGUCAGCUUCCAGGUUAGCCUUCAUCUCAUCCUCUAAGAAUGUCACAUGAGGGAACUCUACUGUCCUAUCUACCACCAGAAAGACACAGUGAAUGCUUGAAAGGGCACCGUUCACAACAUAUACCAUCGCCUUUCUAGGCACCUCACAGAGCCCCAGACCCGGACUCCUGGAAGACUUUGGAGCACCGGGUUCUGGGUCGCUAUAGUGACGCUCUGUUUGCUUUGUGCACCCUGCACUCUGAGGGUCCCCUGUAGCCAGACUGCUCUGUCGGCGUCACCUUCUUGCCACUUCCCCAUCUUGACAGUCAUCCCUGGCCACACCAAGCUCCACACCAUGGAGAUUUUCAGCUCUUCUGGGAAAGGUUCCAAUGUCCACUCUACACACCUGUUGACCCCCACCCCACCCCAACACAAGCAAUGACUGCAGAGUUUUUGCAAAAUCUUUUCUCCCCUCUAUGAAGAUUCACACUUAAGACUUGUUUUUCUUAUAAAAGCCCAAAGCUAAACACAGUUCCGAACACUGGACAUAAUCUCCAAGGGAAAUCUGGGCUCAAUGCCAAUAACGUAGGGGUUGGGCUUACAGGUCACACACAGCAAAGCCUUAUCCAGCUUGAUUUGUUAGACGCAGUCCCUCGCCUGAUAAAUAAUGGUUUUUUUUAACAUAUUUGAAAGAUAAGGAAAAGAAACUAUUAUCUUGAAGGUGAAUAGAGUUAAGAAAAGUAAUCAAAAUCUGCUCCCAAGCAUAUGAGGCCUGACGUAAUUAAUCAACAGCCAUUCAGAACAACAUUUGCUCUCAACUAACAGCUGAUGGAAAAUGAGCAGAGACAAUGGAGGGACACCCUAGAACCAUUAACCCCGUGUACGGUCCUUCCAGCCCCAAGUCAGGAUGAGGAUCGUACAUCUCCAUGUUUCUCUCUUUAUUCUUGUUACAGUAUAAAGCAUGUGGUUUGGGAUUUGCAUCAUAAAAUGAAUAUUUAAAAAAGCAACAGCACUAACAGCCUCCCUGGGAACUGAGUGGUUCAGCCUCCUCGUGAGCAGUGGAAAUAAUUAGUAUCAUAUUUUACAUGUCUCCAGAGCCUUUCAUCUUAAGGAUCUCAAAGGCUCUAGAAGACAUUUAAUUUCUGAAGUUUGCAGUGCCCUGGAGGAAUAGGUAAAGUCACCAGCAGGGCCUUGCAUUAGUAAAGCCCUUGGAUGUCAGCAUAGUCCACAUGGAAUCAUGAAGAAGGCCCAGAAGUCAGGUUCUGGAGGUGACCCUGAACUCCACCCAGCAUCCUCUGUCUCUCUGCAGAGGAGUUAGAGGGCCAGUUGUCGAACUGGACUUAGGCAGGCUGUAACUGUAUUGGAAAAAGUCAGCAACCCCAGGACUACCCAUAUAUGCCCUUUCCCUAACUCAGCAGGCCCUAGGCUAUCUAAAUGAUCUGGGCAUAUAGCAGCAAGAAUCUACAGGCCUUAGCUUUCCCUCUCCCUCUUCUUCUCCAGCCAAACUCACAGUCAGCAGCCAAGUGUCCUUUACUGCCUACUGAGAACUCCCUGGGGCUGGCUUCCAUUGACCUAGGCUGGCUGACCUUGGCUGGCCCCCAGGAGGCACAGCCUGCACUCUUAACCUGAUUGCGGCCACCAUAGUCAACCAUAGCGUCCCAUCAGCCUCAACCGGUCCCCACUACUUUUGGCUAUCAGUCACCUCCUCAGUCCACCCACCUAAGCCUGCCAGACCUCCAUUUACUUUGAGCUCCCAAUGACUCCAACCUUAGCCUCUGCCAUCACAAAAAGAAAAAAGAAAAAACUAGGCAUUUGCCAUGAUACCUUUCCUCAGAAACUCUUGGCCUCUGCCUCCCACUUACCCUCCAUUCUCCCAUUUCUGAGUAAGUAAGGCUCCUCCUCUGGCCAGGGAGUCUUUCCUCUCAUACCUUCCAUUUCUUCUCUGGCCCCCUUGUAUUCACCCUGAUUCCCAUAGCCUCUUCACUGAAUUCCUCCACUACCAGACCUUGGCAGGGUCAUCUGUCCCUGUAGCCACCAAUCCCCUCGACCACACCUUAGCGGCCCCUCCUAGUCCACUCCCGGGACCAGCAUCUCAGUGCCCUCCAUGUGCUAACUCGAAAGGCCUCUCUCAUUGCACAGCUCUACGGUAAACUGUCCUGGGCAAGACACUAUGUUCUUCACAUUUUACCCCUCCUAUCCCAGCCUCCAUGAGCAUUUAUUUAUAUAUUUAUUUAUGUAUUUAUGAGUUAUUUAUUGGCACUCCUGCCUUGAGUUGAAAAGGGAGCCAAGGAAGAUCUGCCCAUAUUCCCCUCUCUUCUCCCUGUACCGCAAAGCAGCCAUUCCUUCCAGUAAGAUCUUCCCCGCAGGCCCCUGCACGGUGCAUCAGCAGUUCUGUGCCUUCCUUCAGACCUAGCCACCACCACCCAAAGAACCCCUCCACUCCCCUUAGCCUCUUAGCGCCACUGGAUGCUCUGGCCUCAGGAUGACAGGCUGCUUGGUAAACAUACUCUAUCUGCUCUGACAUUUUGAGCUCCACACAUCUGAAGCUACGUAGACCAUCCGUCUUCCCUGCACGAUCCUUCGUUUUCCCAUUGGAACACCAGUGAGUCUUUGAACAUCAUCUGGGACCCUACGGUGACCACUGACGCUUCCAUACAUUCCCUCAUUACUCUUCCCAACUAGUUCCCACCGCACCUCUGCUUGACCCUUGGAUUCCCUAGUAGUGGUCUCUCUCCCAGACCUCCCUAAGCAUGCACAAUGGUCUGUACCUCCAGUUCUUCAAAAACCUUGAUAAGAUCCCCUGGCCCACAAAAAAAUGUGCCCAUCUUUAUCCUAACAUUACAGGGCACCCAAUUAGGUCCCUUCAUACCCUGCACUGGCCAAUCCAGAAGAGUGGUCAUUAGUGGAAAAGGUGCCAUGUUUCCCAGCUCUGUGCCUUUGGCCUUACAAUUCUCAUCUUCUGGAUCACUCUUGAGUUUCUUCCAAGGCCCAUGCAGAGACCACAUCCUCCAUGAAGCCCUCCCUGAUCCACCAAUGCUGGGAUCUCUCCCUCCACGGAACCACCACAGCACUUUAUUUGUACCUUUUUCAUGGCACUUACCAUAUUCUGCCUUGUAUUAUAGCUACUUGUGCACUUGUCCUGUGUCUGUUCUUAGACUGUAAGCUUGCCAAGGGCAGGCACCAUUUUAUUCAUCUGUAUCCAUCACAGCACCAGGCAUGGUGCAUAGCACACAAGGGUUGCUCAAUAAAUGUUUGUUGGAUUAAA